AGCCGACACAUGGCCUACGUUUACAAAAAAAAGUAGAUAAAUAGAUCCACCUUCUCUCUGGGAGGCAGGACAAAAACUGCUGAGCUGUGCAGUCUCCAGGCGCGCACACACACUGUCCAUCCAUGGGGAUUGUGUCGCUUUAAAAGGCUAUGCCACCCAUGUAAUCUAGGGGGCAGGUCUGCCUUCUGUGGCCAGCGACUGCAGAGCUCCUCGGUAGUUCAAGCAAAGGCAGGCGGAGGCACGAGAGCGAGGCUCCGCUUGCAUCGGAUCGCCCAGGAUGCAGGGGCUAACUAGUUAGCUGCAGAACAGAGAAAAGGCUCAUGUGUCGUUGUGAAUCGGCGGAGAUGAGAUAUUUCGAUGAACCUGCGCACGCAAAAUGUGAUUUUAGCACCUCGGAAUCGCUGGGUGGAGGUUCUGACGUCCUUACAGAAGCCCUUGCACAGCUUACAGAUUAUCAAGCUCUUGAACUGGGAGCUGGCGACUCUCCACUCGGGCUGGAUAAAACGACUUGAAAAGGAAAUUGUCAAGAUGGCAGCUGCAUUCUGAAUGACUGUAUCCAUAUUAAGGGCACGUUCUCUGUCACUGAGCGUACCAUGCCUUUAAAGAAAUGAUCAUACUCAGGCUUAGCGUUGAAGUGUUUUGAUUUUGGCUAUUUUUUUCUGCUCUUGAGCCUUAUUAUAAUUGUGAUACUUUGUCGCUUUGAAACCCCUCCAGCAUUGCAUCACUUCUAGUGAGUCGUCCAAAAGUAUUUCUGAGCAGCGUAUUUAAAGUUACCCUUGUGUGCGUUCACUACCACUGAUGCUGGAGCAAUCAACUGGGCAGGCACGUGGAGUUAGCUAAACACCAGGCAUCAGGACUGCAUGGAGAGUGCAGACCAGUAGGCUACCAAUGAUCUGAAGGAAAAAAAAUUCCAUUGUGUGUUAACUUGGUUUUAUACGUGAAAUUAUUUUCAUUCUAUUAUCCAGGGCAUUGAAACUUCCAUACCAGGACUCGAAGCAUCGUAGACAGCUCAAACUACACAAAAAUUAAGCUCAUUAAUGGAAUGCAACUGGAAACCAAGCUUCCAAUUUAGUUAUUUGAAUGAUCAAACUGUAGCUCAGAGAAGGCAAAGAGUGGGGAUAUCAUGGCUGAGAUGUCAAACAAUGAACUUGGUAACGCUUUGGACGUUAUGAUAGAUCCAGAUUUUGAGCCACAGAAAAGACCGAGGUCCUGUACGUGGCCUCUCCCUCGACCAGAGUCCGACACAGGGAAGCCCGAACCGACCGAUAUUAUUCCCGAAGAGGAGGAUGACACCGCCACUGACAGUUGUGCGGGCCACAGUGCCAACGAUAUAUCGAGAGAAACGGACAUUUCAGAGGGGGACCAUUCUACAUCAGACAUUAUUCCUGUUGUGCGACAUAAAACCACUUCCAAGGACAAGGAGCUCGACGGCUUCUCGGUACCCUCUCAGCCCUUGUUCACGGCGAGCAGUGAAACAAGUGUGAACGGCCUGGUAGCACAGCCAAGGAAGUCAUCUGCACGAAGGAAUGCCUGGGGCAAUUACUCGUACGCGGAUCUCAUCACUCAAGCUAUUGAGAGCUCGCCCGACAAGCGGUUGACUUUGGCCCAGAUCUAUGAUUGGAUGGUCAGAUCAGUAGCAUAUUUCAAGGACAAAGGCGACAGCAACAGCUCAGCAGGCUGGAAGAACUCCAUCCGGCACAACCUGUCCUUGCACAGCAGGUUUGUGCGAGUCCAAAAUGAGGGAACCGGUAAGAGCUCGUGGUGGAUGGUCAACCCGGAGGGCGGCAAAGGGGGCAAGGCGCCGCGCCGGCGCGCCGUCUCCAUGGACAACGGCAACAAGUACACGAAGAGCGCCCGCGGCCGGGCGGCCAAGAAGAAGGCGGCGCUGCAGGCGGCCCAGGAGGUGGGCGGGGACGCCGCGAGCCUGUCGCGCUGGGUCGGUAGCCCCGCCUCGCGGAGCAGCGACGAGCUGGACGCCUGGACGGACUUCCGCUCGCGGACCAACUCCAACGCCAGCACGCUGAGCGGCCGGCUCUCGCCCAUCCUGGCCAACCCGGAGCUGGACGAGGCGGGCGACGAGGACUCGCCGCUGUCGCCCAUGCUCUACUCCAGCCCCAGCAGCCUGUCGCCGUCGGCCGGCGGCCUCGGCGAGCUGCCGUGCCUCGCCGACCUGGCGGGCACCAUCAACCUGAACGACGGGCUGAUGAACGACCUGCUGGACGACAUCAGCCUGACCGCCGCGCAGCAGCAGCCAUUGUCGCCGGGCGGCGGCAACGGUGGCGACGACGGUGACGACAGCAGCGACGAGCACGGCUCGGUGUUCACGUUUGGCUGCCCGUCGCCCAUGUUCGGCCCCACGCUGCGCCAGUCGCCCAUGCAGACCAUCCAGGAGAACAAGCAGACCUCCUUCCCCAGCCUGGCGCCGUACGGCGGGCAGACCCUGCAGGAGCUGCUGGAGGGCGACGCGUGCGUCGGCGUCGGCACCGGCACCGGGCGCAGCAGCGAGAUCCUGCUCACGCAGUCGGACCCGCUCAUGUCGCAGGCCAGCACGGCCAUCGGCGCGCAGAACUCCCGCCGCUGUGCCAUGCUGCUCCGCAACAACGACCCCAUGCUGUCCAACCAGCCGGCCGCGCCCGGCCUCAACGGCACUCAGGGCUGGCGAGGCCUCAACGGAGGGCUCGGCCUGAACAAUGACCCGCACUACCCGGCCAAGCAGCAGCAGCAGCAGCAGCACCACCAGCAGCAGCUUCGCCCCUCCUCCCUCCCGGGCACCCCGGCCGACCCCUCCCUCCUGUCGGGCCUCAACGGCAGCCUGACCCCUCAGGACCGCUUCCCGGCCGACCUGGGCCUGGACGUGUUCAACGGCAGCCUGGACUGCGACAUGGACGCCAUCCUGCGCGGGGAGCUGAUGGAGGCCGACAGCCUGGAGCUCAGCUUCGACGCCGGCUCCGGAUUGGUCUCGGCCCAGAACAACGCCAACUUGAAUGCAGGCAGCUUCUCCAGGGCCAAGGGCACCACGUCCCAGAGCUGGGUGCCCGGCUAAAACCCUCCAAGCCAAGCGAAGCAGAUCUUUAAGUUGACAGGAGAACCAGCUCCACGUCGUUUGCCAAACCAGCUAUCUGCUCCGUGAGGCCGAUGGUCUGUUUACUGAACAAAAUCCAGAGAAUGUUACCAUUGUCUUCACCCAGCAAAGACACUCCAGUAAUACAAAGGAUACUUGAAGCAGCUCCCACUGAGUUCCCAUGCCCAAACCGCAAGAGAAGUUGUAAUUAUGCAAUCAUGUUCUUUUACCAUUCCCUGGUCCACCACCAUUACACACGCACACACACACACACACACACACACACACACACACAUACACACACACAGCUACAGAGAGCUACACACCUACACCUACACACAUACAUACACACCAAUGCACACACGUAAACAAAAGAUUUUGUUAUGAAAAAGGAAAAAAAGAAAAUGAAAUGGUCAUCACGAUGUACCCCUGACCUUCCUCACUGUAACGUGGAAAAAAAGAAAAACAAUUGUGACGUGUUUUGAUCUAUUUAGUGUUCUUAUGUAUGAAAUGUUAUAGUUUUAAUAACAUCAUUCUCCCUCCUCCAUAUAUUAGGCUCUGAAGCAACCUUGUUGCAUUCCAUGCUAACAUUUUGAAAAAAAAAAACACUUAUUUGAACUCCCAUGAAAAAAAGAAAAAAUGUUGCCCCCCCCCCCCCC